AUGUCGCUUUUUGAGGGCGUCGCCGUCGUGACGGGAGCUGCGUCCGGUAUCGGACGCCAGGUCGCAGUCUCCUUUGCCCGCGAAGGCUGCAAGCGCAUCGCCCUUCUCGAUAAAGAUGAAGAAGGCCUUUCUGAGACGUCACGCCGGUGUCGAGAAGCCAACGGCGACACGCGCACGUUUGUCAUUGAAAUCGACAACCGCAACGAGGAUGACGUCUCUGCCGGUAUGGAGUACGUGACUGAGGAAUGGGGACGGAUCGACUACGCUGUCAACUGUGCCGGCAUGUUCGGACCAAAGGCCCCAUCGCAUCUUCUCACGACGGCUGAGUUCGACGAGAUCACGACCACGAAUUACCGUGGGACCUGGUUGUGUUCCAAGGCAGAGCUCUCCCAGAUGAUCAAGCAAGAACCGCUCAAGACUCACGACGGUAGACCGGGGAAUAGGGGAGUGAUUGUCAAUGUUGCCAGCAACCUGAGUCUGGUGAGCCGGCCAGAAACUCCCGCGUACAGCGCCUCCAAAGCAGCUAUACUAAGUCUCACCAAGAGCGAUGCUGUUGAUUAUGCAAAGUACAACAUCAGAAUUAACUGUGUCUGCCCCGGAAUUAUUGACACUCCGAUGACAAGUGAGGUCUCUACAGACGACCCGAUCAUUGCAGUAGCACCCAUGAAGCGCAAGGGAACGCCCCAAGAAGUCGCCGAUGCAGUUUUGUUUCUGUGCAGCUCCAAGGCAACGUUCAUCCACGGCGCCGCGCUUUCGGUAGACGGAGGCUAG